UCCCCCUCAGAUCGGCAGCGACAGUGUUAAGCAGGGCUCAGCUCCGAGUCUCCUCCCUUCUAUGUAAAUGUCCGUGGAAGCGAGCAGGACCCGAGGCGGGGAGAGCGCUCCCUGAAUGAGGAGGAGGCGGACGGGGGGAGUUGCCUUCACGGAUGUGCGCCCCUCUGCAGCUCGGUCCACGGAGGUGUGCGUUUCUCUCUCUCUCUCUCUCUCUCUCUCUCUCUCUCUCUCUCUCUCUCUCUCCUCUCCCUGUGUCCCAGCCUUUGUAUCUGCUCGGAGGAGAGAAGCCACAGGACACCUUUGGAUGCAACCAUGCCACGAGCAGCGCGCCGUGCCACGAACGCAUCAUCUGAAUAAAACAGAACCCACGCAGGCGACGGAAGGACACUGAGGAAUAAAGCUAUGGGUGGGCAGAUGACGCGGAAUGCCUUGUACGACUCCCUCGGAGGCCCGUUCCCGUCCACGUCGCACCGAUGUCACCACAAACCCAAAAGGUGUCUGCCCAUCCAGUGUGGCAGCGUCGGCGGGCCUUUCCCGGUCAGCCCGCUCCUUUUCCAUCCAAACACCAAGGGAUCCCAAAUAGUCAUGGACCUGGCCCAGAAGACCGUCAAGAGGCAGGCCAGUUUCUGCAACGCCAUCACCUUCAGCAACAGGCCCAUCGCGCUGUACGAACAAGUCCGCCUCAAGAUCACUAAAAAGCAGUGCUGCUGGAGUGGAGCUCUGCGCCUGGGCUUCACCUCCAAAGACCCCUCCAGGAUAAACCCAGACAACCUGCCGAAGUACGCCUGCCCCGACCUGGUGUCCCAGAGCGGCUUCUGGGCCAAAGCCCUGCCUGAAGAGUUUGCCAACGAGGGAAACGUCAUCGCCUUCUGGGUCGACAAGAAAGGCCGGGUCUUCUACCGCAUUAAUGAGUCCAGUCCUAUGCUGUUCUUCAGCGGGGUCCGCACGGCGGAGCCGCUUUGGGCGCUCAUUGAUGUUUACGGUCUGACCCGCGGUGUGCAGCUGCUAGACAGUGAGAUCGUUCCUCCUGACUGUCUGCGCCCACGCUCCUUCACCACGGUGCGCUCCACCUCCCUGAGGCGUGAGGCCGACGACUCCCGCCUCUCCGUCAGCCUGUGCGAUCUCAACCUGCAGCAGGAGGAGCGAGGCCCCGCCCACUCCCACCGCCACACCCUCCACCUGGCCUCGGCCUCGGCGUCCUCCGCCUGCCCCAUCCCCCAGAACUCCCUGAACUCCCAGCAGUCCUCGCUGCUGCCGUCCGCCCUGGAGAGCGACCUGCACUUCCACCAGCUGCGCGGCGCCCACAUCAAGACGCUGGACGAGCAGACGGUGGCGCGGUCCGAGCACGCCCGGGAGGAGCGGACUCUGGUCUUCACCAACCGGCCCCUGCGCACGGGAGAGACCGUCUUCAUCAAGGUGACCAAGUCCAGUCCGGUGCGCUCGGGCUCGCUGUCGUACGGCGUGACCUCCUGCGACCCGGCGGUGCUGCGCCCCAGCGACCUGCCGUACAACCCCGAGGCUCUGGUGGACAGGAAGGAGUUCUGGGCCGUGUGCCGCGUGCCGACUCCUCUGCAGAGCAGCGACAUCCUGGGCUUUCUGGUCAACCAGGAGGGGGAGGUCAUCCUCAGCCACAACGGCACCGACGUGGGCAUGCAGGUGUGCGUGGACAACUCCCGGCCCCUCUGGAUGUUCUUCGGCCUGCACGGAGCUGUGACGCAGCUGAGGAUUCUGGGCUCCACCCACGUCGGGGAUCCACCGGCCCCGUCCAACCCCGGCUCGCCCUCAUCCUCUCCACACACUCCCAGCGCCCUGGGAAGCGGCAUCUCCGAUCCGGUCCUGAACGGCGGCUUGUGUUCCGCCGCCUACUGCGGCUCAGCGGGAGGAACCACCCCCAGUUCCCCGGUCAGCCUCCCCAAGUCGCCCACGUUCCCGUCGGGCCGGGGCCCGUGGUCCGACGAGUGCUCCAUCUGCUACGAGAACGCGGUGGACUCGGUCAUCUACACCUGCGGACACAUGUGUCUGUGCUACGCCUGCGGCCUCAAGCUCAAGAAGAUGUCCAACGCCUGCUGCCCCAUCUGCCGGAGACAGAUCAAAGACAUCAUCAAGACGUACCGCAGCACGUAAAGAGCGCCGCCGAGGUUAGCCGAGAGACGGAGACGCUCAGGGCGCUCUGCUGCUUUCACCCGGGACCUUUUCCUCUCUGAAGGAGGCGCGCUGCUGCAGGUUUCCUCCGCUGAGAUUGUAAAAACCUUUCGGUGAGGAGGAGGAGGAGGAGGAGGAGGAAGGAGCUAAACUGCUCUCUGAUACGUGGAGCCUGGCUCCGCGCUGCCGCUAGCCGGUCACUCUGGGGCCGAAUGUGCGACGGCUCCUCUACCUGCUGACUCUUUGGCAAAGCACACCUGCCGCAGGUUCAUCUCCUCAGUACGCCACAACUUGUGUCUGUGUGAUACUGGGCGCAGCUCGCCGGCUUCCAUCGCCCGGCGGCGCUGAGCUUCCCAGCAGGAUUGUAACCUCUCUUGUACUCGUAUAAUCUGACGUACCGUGGCGGUAGUAUUAUUUUUAAAUGUCGGUAGCUGUAUAUGGUCGUGCUAGCUAGCUGCUUGCUCUGCAGUGUGGUUUGUUGCACUGAAAUCAGCGUUUAUUGAGACUCCUCUGCUGAAACAAUCUCAAAGCCUGCAAACUCUGCGGCUCCGAUUUGUUAAAGGAAAACCCAAACGGCGAUUAGGUUACUCCUCAGGGCCCGCUGCCUUUCCUCAAGACAGAUCUGCUUCAAAUUCUGCCCGUAAAACUCUGCCUGACGCACUGUGAGAGUUGAUUAUAAAGCAACAGAGUCGAAGGAUUGCUGCCAUCAGCCUCCUGCCUUAACUCACAGAACCUGUUCUGUGGUUUUUCUUUCCAAAAGCCCAGAUUGAGAACCAAAUGAUGCUGCUCUGUGGCACACACUGCCACAGCCGUUCACUCAGAGGAGGAAAAAAAAAGCACACAAAGUCAAACUAUUUUUCUAUAAAAGUCCAUUUUCCUUAUUGAUCGUUUUAAAUGUAAGAAACACUUUGUGACGAACGUUUCAUCAGCAGCAGAGAUCCUUCACUGAAGGAAGCGCCGAUCGUUUCCUGGAAUAUUUUAAUGAUUUAUUGCCCUGAAUUUCCACUAUAUAAUUUAUAUUUAUUGUAAAAAGUAAAUGUAGUAAUAAUUCCAAGGUUUAUAGCUCAGGAAACAAUGAAAGAUUAUCGCCCAGUCUGCAUUGAGUCUUAAAUCUACAUAAAUACAACCUCCCAGUGAGAACAGCGCACCCACAUGGAAGAGUUGAGACUGAAGCAGAUGUAAGGAGAAACUGAUGGACAGAAGACAUUAAUGUUUUAAAACACAGGAAGUUUGGCUGCUCUGGAGCGUUCACCGGCCUUUUAACCCAAUGCCAGGAUGGAAAGACACCAGCAAUGAAAAUCAGCCCCUCAGUUUAGUACAGCUAUAAGACGAUUUCCAGAUAUUUCAUUCCUGGGUAGGGCUGGACGAUACAGAGAAAAAGCAUAUUAAUAAAACAGUAAUCAUGUUCAUCAAUAUCGAUAAAUAUCAACAAAUUCAAAACAUAGAUUUUUAGUGCAGCCAUUUUAUGCUGUUGCUUGGCAACCUAUUUUUAGAUAAA